UAUCUGGACCCUCUCUCACACUACAGCACUAGGGUGCAUGUAGGAUAUGAGUCGCUUCCUAGUCUUAUCUCCAUUUACCAAACAAUAAGCGCGAACCAGCCACAGCCGGCUCAGAAAGCGUGGACUCUCGGGCCCACUACAAGUCCGCAGACCGUCUUUGAGCUCCUGUGCCUCCAAGACUCAAGCACAAUGUUUCCGUUCACGAAUAUUUGGGCAUCCGGGGAUGGCCUAGACAAGGUUUACACCUGUUGUUCAUUUCAGUGCCUGAGAUUCAGCAAUUUCCUCUCUUUUCCCAAUGCUGAGAUCGUCCAGACACUUAUACUAUUACUUAACUUUCUCAGAAACCAGGCUGAUGCAGGAGCUUCAUGGUCACUACUUGGUCUAACCAUACGACUUGCUCAAGCCAUCGGGAUGCAUUGCCCGCCUGACCCUGAGAGCAUAUCCGACCCGACUGAAAAGGAUGAGGCAAUUAUACACCAUGAUAUCUGGCGCUCGUUAAUAUGGCAAGAUACGCUGAUAUCACUGUGUUACGCCCGGCCGUUGGGUAUAAAUGUCCUAGAAGAAGUAAUACUAGCAACUCCAACUGGGCGAGGCGAAGUCCGAUUUGACUCUUUUUCGGACAGCAGCCAUAAUCUUUUCAUGGUUGCAAAUAAAAUUGGCCAGGCCCUUCAGUACGCAAAAUGUACAAAACAGCCCCUAUCACUGUUGAAAAUACAUAAAUUCAAGGACUUGAUCAAUCAAGUCGAGUCUCGUUCCCUUCCCCACAUACGAGAUGUGUUGAAAUGUCAGGGCCGGACUGAUUAUUUCCAACACUGUUUCUUUCGGCUAUUUUCAGACUCAGUCAUGUUAUGUUUAUGUCGUCCAGCUGUAUUGUCCGGCCAUCAUGAACAUGGCCAAGAACUUGGCAGUCUCUGUAUGAGCCGUUGUCGCUCUGUGUUGCGAACAUACCUAGAGUUGCUCAAGUUGGACAAUCCACUGAGACGGUCGUGGAUAUUCAUGCACGUUACACUCAGCUGCGCAUUGUGGUUGGGAGUCACUGCAGACAUUGGAAAACUCAAGUCAGACAAGAUCUUACUCGAAAAGUUCUUUGAUGCUUUGUCGGAAAGCACGAUAUGUGUUAAGAUACCUCCAUACGCAAACGCCUUGAAACUACUAGGGGAUCUCAUCGGUAGCCAUGACCUGGAUAAAUAG